CAUGUCUCUCUGCUAUAGGACACUCUGCUGUUACUGUUGAAGAGUCUGCCCAUGGGAUGCUACUUCAAUAUCUAUGGAUUUGGCUCUCGUUUUGAGUCCUUCUUCCCUCAGAGUGUCGUGUACAAUCAGGACACAAUGGAUCAGGCUAUGAAGAGUGUGAAGAGAAUGAAAGCAGACCUGGGCGGCACAGAGAUUUUACAGCCUCUAAAACACAUCUACAGUCAGCCCUGUAACCCUGACCAUCCCAGACAGCUGUUCAUCUUCACUGAUGGAGAGGUGGAAAACACUAAAGAGGUGCUGGACCUGGUGAAACAUCAUGUUCACUCUCACAGGUGUUUCUCAUUCGGGAUUGGUGAGGGUGCAAGUAGCGCCCUCAUCACAGGAAUGGCCAGGGAAGGAUCUGGUCACGCUCAGUUCAUCACAGGCACCGACCGCAUGCAGCCCAAAGUGAUGCAGUCCCUCAGGUUUGCGCUGCAGCCCCCUGUGUUUAAUAUCUUUGUGGAUUGGACCCUUCCAGAUGGCAUUACUGUUGACACACUGUCUCAACCCAUCAAAGUGCUCUUCCAGGGUCAAAGGGCACUCAUUUACGCCCAACUUAAAGGAGAGAGUUCAGGAGGUUUUGAGGGAACAGUGACCGUCAAAUACAGGCUUAAAGAUCAUCCAGUAAAAAACCAGCUCCACUUUUGCCUCAAACCAAAUGAGGAAACUGGGUUGUCCGUCCACCGGCUGGCGGCUCGCACCCGGAUCCGUUCUCUGGAGCAGGAGGAGAGGUCAUGUGAUUCAGAUGUUGAAAGCAUCAGGAGAAAGAUAGUGGAGCUCAGUGUUCAGGCAGGAGUGAGCAGUGUUCAUACAGCCUUCAUUGCCAUUAAUAAAGACAGCAGAGAGACUGUGAAAGGACCCCUGCUGCAGAGAAGAGUGCAGACAUACGGUUAGUGCGACGAUUGUGAACUUGUGAGGAUGUUU